AAAAAUCCAACAGCUGUACGAACACCUGAAGAGGACAAGGGUCUUGAAGAAUAUAUGCUGAAUCAUGUUGUGAAUGUAGACAAGUUUGCCAUGUUGAGUCAUCAUUUAAACAACAUUUGUCAUGAUGCAGUUGAUUCUACAUACAUGAAAGAUACAGAUCUUGCACAAGUUUUAAAACAAGACAUGCAGAAGAUAAGAAGUGAAAUGAAGAUUCCAGAAGUACAACAGCUGUCAAGAUGUAAGGACACAUCAGAAAUAAUGAAGUCAUGUUUAUGUCAGUACCAGUUGUGUAUUGGCUGGUAUCCAUGUGGACUAAAAUAUUGCAGAGGCAAAGAUUCUGCUGGUAAAGUUGUCAGUUAUCGGUGUGGUAUAAAGACUUGUAAACGGUGUAUACUGUUUGAACACCCUGCAAAACAGAAAAUGUACUGCUUAUGGGAUGAUCUUUAAACUUGACAGUUGAAAAGUUUCGUUUGUGUGCUUUAAAAUACCUUCAACAGAGUAUUCCCAAUUCCGAACAUGUAAAUCCCUUACAUCAACAGAUCAAUUUACAUCCCCAUCAUGUAACUCGUCAUCACCAACAGAUCAAUACCGAUCAUCCCCAUCACAACAUGUUGAUCACCAUUCCCAAAAGCUAAAUCCCCAUUCUGAACUGGUCAAUCCAGAUAAUCAAUAGGGUAAUUCUAAACAAGUCAAUCGCCAUCUCGCUGUCACAACAGGUCAAUCCUUAUCCCUAGCCGACCAAUCCCCAUUCUCAUCUGGUCAACCCUGAUCCUAUGCCAAACAAAUCAAUCCCAAGUCUUAACAGGUUAAUCACAAUUUCAACAGGUCAAUCAUCUUUCUCAAGGAGAAGAUACCCAUCUCCAACAAUCAAUCCCCAAUCGUAACAGGUCAAUCCUCAUCCUCAACAGGUAAAUCCCCAUCAUCCACAGGUCAGUCCCACCACUUGCCCCUCACCGCUGUGGGUUCGAAUCCCAAAAGGGACUUUGUAAUCUUUCAUGUGAGAAAGCUAUCCAGCUAGCUUCCGGAACAUCGGUGGUUCUUCUCAGGUGCCCGCUUGUGCCUGAAAUAAUGCACGGAAGGGCCCCCUGAGGGCUUCCUCCACUAGUAAAGCUGGAAGGUCGCCAUAUGACCUAUACUAUGACAGUGUGACGUAAAACAAACAAAACAGGUCAGUCCUCAUCCUCAACACAAUCAUCUUUCUGAAGGUUAAAAUUUCAAUCUCAAAAAAGUCAAUCCCCAAUCUUAACAGGUCAACCAAUCAAGCUCCAUCUCGACAGAUAUGUCCUCAUUCUCAACAGACAAUCGAUCUUUCUCAAGUAGUAGAUCCCCAUUUCCAAAAAUCAAUCCCCACCAUCAAUAGGUCAUUCACAAACAUCAACAGAUAAAUCCCCAUCAUUAGUGAUAACAUGGAAGUACACCAACCAGAUGGAACCUUAUUCUCAACAGUGAAAAUGAGGAUGAUGGAGUACCAAUCGUACAACAUAUCCAACAUAUUGAAUACUUGAGAUUGUACCAGCGAUUUCAUCAUGAAAUCAAGUGUAUUAUGAUUAAAAAGUCUGAAACGUCCUUCAAAACAUGGAGGAACUGUUUCACAGAGGAUAGAGUUUUUCUCAUAACUUGUCAGGAGAAACUUCUCAUAAUUUCUGAUAACUGUCAGCGGUUCCAGGAAAGUGUAUAGGAUUUCGUCGUAGAACGAAGAAAUACGCGUCAAAAAUGGUUAUUUUCAUGUUUAAAAAGAGUUUGAGGUGCUAGGUGGUUAAUUAAACUAUGUUGAUUUAAGCUUGUCUUACAUAUUGUGUUAUGUGUCAGAAAAAAAUUUAUAUUCUAUUUUUCAUUGCCUCUUGAUUAAAAUCUGGUAGUUUUCAAAUGUUCUAAAGUUCUUCUGAUAACUUUGAAAAUUAGCAUACUACAUUUCAUAAUCAUGUACACCCUUACUAAAUGAUAAAGAAACGCUGAAUGUACCAUACCUUAGCGCAAGAAAUACACUAGCAUUAACAGAAGUUAUCAGAAGAACUCUAGGACAUCCUCAGAGUUAUCAGAAAAACUUUAGGACAUUAGAAAAAUCGGGCAUAAAUUUGUAAGCAGGAGCUUUAUGAUUGCAACUUUUCAUUAUAAUUAGGUAGUUAAGUAUGGCAAGGAAGAACUCACAAGUAACAAAUGGUCAGUAUGGCAAAUGGGCAAAUAAUUUGGAAAUCUUAUUCAAAAGUACUAGAUUUUAAACAAGAUGUUCCUCCGCAUUGUUAUAUAGAACAUUUAACUAUCAAUAGUCAAAAAUCCAAAUAUUUAGAAGUCUUUGAUCUAGUGAAUUAUGAAGGCAUGUGUUUUGAACUGUCCUUAAAUAAAAAAAGUGUAACCGAACUUAGUCUCUUCUCCUUAGGUAGCAUUGGAGAGGUAAAUCUGGCUAACAAAGCAGCAGGCUCGAAAUAAACACAUAAGAAUACA